AUGUCCUACCUCUACAGCGACGACACGCCUGCGGACGUGAAGAACGCCAAGGGCCUGCACCUUGUCACUCAGAGCACGCCCAACGGCCAGAAGGUCCAAAUCUUCCUGGAGGAACUCGCCCAGGUCUACGGCAUUGAAUGGACCACAACGCUUAUCAACAUCGCAACGAAUGAGCAAAAGAAGGACUGGUUCCUGCGGCUGGACCCCAACGGCCGCAUUCCAAUCAUUAUUGACAACACACAAAACCCACCUUUCCCGGUGCACGAGACAUCAGCAGAGCUCCUGUACCUGCUCAAGAAGUACGACAAGGACGAUGCCUUUGGCUUCAAGGACGACCUCGAGCGCAGUCAGGCGCUGCAGUGGCUCUUCUUCUGGCACGGCAGCGGAGCGCCAUACCAGGGCCAGCUGAACCACUUCGGCAAAUUUGCCAAAGAGAAGAUCCCUUAUGCCAUCGAGCGCUUCCGCAAUGAGACGCUGCGUGUCUACGGCGUACUUGAGAUCCACCUGUCGGGCAAGUACAGCGGCGAGCCCCGCGAGUACCUGGCCGGCAAGGGCAAGGGCAAGUACAGCGUCGCGGACAUCGGCACCUGGCCGUGGAUUGCGAAGUGGGAGUUCAGUGGGCUCACCAAGGAGGACCUGAAGCAGUUCCCACACCUGCUCCAGUGGAUCGACAGGAUCGCGCAGAGGCCGGCGGUCAAGGCGGGUACGGGCGAGAAGUACCAGCAGAAGUAA